CGCCCAUAAAUGAGCGGAUAAAGACCGGACCUCACGCUUGAAGCAGAGUUUCUCCACGGAUCAGGAUGAAGGAAGGCGGCUGGAAACUGACCCUGGCUGUUCUGGUGCUGUUGGUCAGCACACACGCAGACGCCUUGUUUUCGUGCCACAUGAAAGACUUCAUUAAGGCGGUGCAGCAGGUGGAGGAUGAGAACCCUGAGCUGGAGGCGGUGGAGGUGCUGAGGAUGCUGCGCCGGACCGCCCACCUCAAUGACGCCUUCGUUCAGCACUUUCUUCCAGACGCUGGCUCCAGCGGUCCUGAGCUGGACGCCGACCUCUCUGGUUACCUUCAGAGGGCUGUGCAGCACCGAGUGCUGGAGGGAGCCAGGGAAGAGGGCGUGGUUCUGGCUCCCGAUGGGAUGACGGUGGCCGUGGGUCCGCUACUCCUGGGCAUCGAGGCUGGUUUCCUGUCCACGAUUCCCGGCCGCGUUCCGGGACUCUACCAGCUCACUCUGGCUGGAGAUCUUGGCGUUUCUAUUAGACGGCGUUCUGAGAACGGCGAGCCUCUUGGAAUAGAUGGCUGCUGGGACAACCUGACCGCGCCUCAGGUUUUCACGCUCUCGGACACAGCAUCCACACUCACUGCAGCUCAGGUCCACGGGGGCAUGGAUGGGGUGAUUCUGGGAAAAGAAGUUUCUGCCAAAGCAGGAGAGUCUGUGAAGCUCAGCAGCCUCCUCACAGACUACUACCUCCACCAGCUGGACGCCAAAGGAAUGGACGGCGCACCUCGCCUCAUCAGCCGUCGCCGCAGGGAGCUCUUCAAAAUCCUGGUGGCUCCUCCAGUGCUGAUCCGGCAGGUUGCAAAAUCCAUGGAGCUGCGGGAGAAACUGGAGGGCCGCGUGAAGAUGGAGGUCCGGCAGAAGAGGCGGCUGAUGGCUGCGGUGAAGGAGACCAUGAAGGAGUUUGUCCACGUCUUCAUGGAGUGCCCCCCCAUCAUUGCUCGCUGUACGUGGGGGGCGGCUCCCUACAUAGGAACCCCCACCAUGCUGUCUCUGCCACUGACCUACCUGUUCAUCCACCACACCGCCAGCCCGAGCCAACCCUGCCUGACCUUUGAGCAGUGCUCAGCGGACAUGCGCUCCAUGCAGCGCUUCCACCAGCAAACCAACGGCUGGGAUGACAUCGGAUACAGCUUCGUGGCCGGCUCGGAUGGAAACAUCUACGAGGGCCGUGGGUGGAAGUGGCAGGGGGCCCACACCGGGGGCUACAACUCCAAGGGCUACGGCGUCUCCUUCAUCGGAGACUACACCUCCACCCUGCCCAGCCAGCACGCCAUGGCACUGGUGAGGGAUCAGCUGGCGUCCUGUGCCGUGGCAGGUGGGCAACUUGUGUCCUCCUACAUCCUGAAGGGGCACAGACAGAUGGUGAGCACAGAAUGCCCCGGGAACAUCUUCUACAAGGAGAUCACGACAUGGGAACACUAUCAGCCAUGAUGGCGACUCGCUUCAACCUAAAGAAGAAGCAAAACAAGAUUCUUCUUCACAAUAAAAGCUUGCUCUUCCUCUCA